AUGGCAAAUAACGCGUUAUCAAAUGGAAAUCCGUCUAAUCCACCAACGAUACAAACUAGUUUUAACACACAAGCAAUUCCUUCAAAAGAUACGUGUAUAGUGCAAAAUUUUGUUCUUGUAUGGCUUGAUUCGACUAUAGACGAAACCAAUUCUGAUUGUCUGAAUACCAUUAAAAAAUUAAGACUCAUUGCCAGCACUUUUCACACAUUUACCGACUGGUCUAAAUGCUUCGAAUAUAUCAUUGGAAUCAAAACAUUAAAAGUCUUUGUGAUUGUUUCUGGUACUCUUGGACAACGUAUACUAUCAGAAGUUAAUUGCAUAUCUCAAAUAGAAGCCAUCUAUGUUUUUUGUGCAAAUAAACAAUGGCAUGAACAAUGGGCGAUGAAUUGGUCGAAAGUAAGAGGUGUGUUUACGGAAAUUGAUUCGAUUUGUAAAUCACUUAUCCAAGCUACGCAACAAUGUGACCGAAAUUCGAUUGCUAUUAGCUUAAUGUCGACAAAUGAAAAUAUUCAACAUAAAAAUUUAGAUCAACUUGAACCAUCAUUUAUGUAUACUCUAUUAUUAAAAGAAAUUCUCAUUAAUUUUGAUUAUAAUGAUAAUUCCAUGAAAGAUCUAACCGAUUACUGUCGUAACUUGCACGCUGAUAAUAUUAAUGAAUUACACAUUAUUGAUGAACUUGAACAAAAAUAUUCUCAACAAGCACCAAUCUGGUGGUAUACUUACGAAUGUUUCUUGUAUAAAAUGCUUAAUCGAGGUCUACGUAGGCUUGAUAUCGAUAUUAUUAUCUUAUUAGGAUUUUUCAUUCGAGAUCUCUAUCGCCAAAUCGAACAACUUUAUGCGAAUCAAAAUCAUAACAGAGCAAUGGGAUCAUUUGUUGUCUAUCGAGGACAAGCUAUGUCCAACGCUGACUUCGACAAAUUGCAGAAAGGCAUAGGUGGUCUAAUUUCGUUCAAUGAUUUCUUAUCGACGAGUAAAAGUUAUGCUGUAUCCAUGGCAUUUGCUCGUCAAGCUUUGAACGAUCCAGAUUCAGUGGGUGUUAUUUUCUUAAUGAAAAUUGAUCCAUCCAGUGCAACAAUCCAUUUUGCCGAUGUAGAACAGUUAAGUUAUACGAAACAUGAAAACGAAAUACUCUUCUCAAUGCAUGCGAUUUUUCGUAUUGAACGUAUUGGUUGUAUUAAAGGCAACAAACAACUCUGGGAAGUCCACCUCCGAAUGACCAAGGACAGCGAUGAAAAAUUGAACAAAUUGAUCGAAUGCAUUCGAGAGGAAAGUGAUGGACUAACAGGACCGCAUCGAUUGGGAGCACUACUGAUUAAAUUAGGUCAAUUUGAUCAAGCUCGAAAAGUAUUCAAAGCAUUGUUAGAUAAGACAUCUAAUGAGAACAACAAAGGUCUUCUCUAUCAUCAGUUGGGAAGAGUGGAGAAUUUUUGUGGGAAAUAUCAAGAAGCAUUAUCCUUCUAUCACAAGUCAUUGGCAAUCUAUCACCAAGAAAGUUCAAGAAGUCAGUCUGAUUUAGCUACUUUAUAUAACCACUUCGGCCUUGUGUAUACAAACAUGAAAGAUUAUUCGAAAGCACUAUCAUUUUACGAGAAGUCUUUAAAAAUUUACAAAAAAGUACUGCCGUCGAAUCAUCCGAAUUUAGCUACGGUUCACAACAAUAUCGGUCUGAUACAUGAUUACUUUGGAAACAACUCAAAAGCUCUUGAUUUUUACAAAAAAUCACUUCAAAUGUAUCGAGAAACACUGCCUGAAAAUCAUCCUAAUAUGGCUACAUCACAGAACAAUAUUGGCUCGUUGUAUUAUCAAAUGGGUGAUUACUCAAACGCACUACAGUUCUUUCAAAAAUCACUUGAAAUUAACCAAGAAAUCUUGCCGAAAAGUCAUCCUAGUCUUGUUAACUUAUAUAACAAUCUUGGUUUAGUACAUGAUAGUAUGAAUGAGAAUUCAAAAGCGCUGGAAUUUUAUGAGAAAUCACUCGAUAUCGCUGAUAAAACAUUACCUUCAGACCAUCCAGAUUUGGCCAGUUCAUACAAAAACAUGGGUAUGAUACAUGAAAAGAUGACCGACUACGUAAAAGCACUUCCCUUUUACGAAAAAUCACUCGAAAUAUGUCAAAAAGCAUUACCUACCAAUGAUCAACGUGUGCUCACUUUAUAUGGUUCGAUUGGUUCAGCAUAUGAGAAACUUGGAGAGUAUUCGAAAGCCUUAUCUUUCUAUAAAAAGAAACAUGACGCCUUGGAAAGCACAGUCUCACUUAGUCAACAUAACAAGCUUAACUUUUACGGCCAUCAGAAAACUGAACAAGACACAGAUGAACUUUUGCUUGAUUCCCAGGGCUGCAAGAUCCUCAAAAUAAAACAAGCUUCUCUACGCCCAGAUCUGGCUACUUCGUACAGCGAAAUGGGUUCAUUAUAUUAUCGCAUUGGAGAAUAUUCGAAAGCGCGUACAUUUUUUGAACGUGCUGUUUCUAUCGGGCAAUCGACUCUGCCAUCGUCUGAUCCAAAUCUUCGGAUGUGGAUAAAAAAUCUCGAAAAAGUUCGAAAAAAUUUCUAA